AUGUCGGACGUGGCAGCUCUAGAGGCCGAGGUCAAGGAAUUCAAGUUACAGCUUGAAACCGUCCAAUCGAGUUUGCAGGUAGAUCCAGAUAACACGGAACUUCAGAGUCUCAAAACUGAGCUGGAAGAACUUAUUAACCUUACCGAAACCUCCAUCGCCGAGCUCAAACCUCCCGCCCCGUCCACGUCGAAAUCGGUAAAAGAGCAAGGACCCCGGGACAGCUACCCCACGUCUCAUACAGGCUAUCGAAAGCCAACAGUUGAGCAGACGGAAGAGUCCGCCCCACCGGCAUCUUUCUCUAUCAAUGAGCAUGUUCUUGCCCGUUGGACUUCGGGCGACAACUCCUUCUACCCCGCCCGCAUUACCUCCAUCACCGGUUCCUCCAGCAACCCUGUUUACCUGGUCUCCUUCAAGUCCUACGGCACUGUUGAAUCAUUAACUGCAAAAGACCUCAGGCCUAUCUCUGGCAAUGAUUCUCGUAAACGCAAGGCUGAUGGAAGCUCAGGCAAUUCCGCAUCCCAAUCCCCAGCACCUCAGCUGCCAAACUCGAGCGUGAUCUCUGCAGCUGCAGAUAUCAACCCCGCAUUGGCGAAUCAGGCGCGGAAAGAGCCAAGCAAGGUAGGCGAUGGCCCAGCGCGCCCCGCAAAGGCGCCUCGGAAGGUCAAAGCCAACCGGGAGCUUGAGGAGGGUAAGAUGAAGUGGAAGGAUUUUGCCAGUAAGGGAAAGUUGGGACGGAAAGAGAGCAUGUUCCGAACCGGAGACGGUGUCAGCGCCCGAGUGGGCUUUACGGGGUCUGGUCAAAAGAUGCGCAAAGACCCCACCAGGACGCGACACGUGUAUCAACAGGCCGAGGACGAAGGCUACUGA